GAACUUUUGUACAAAUACCCUCCCUUUGACACCGGAUGUGUUGUGGAUAGUUUCUAUUUUUUAUUUCCAACGGUACAAACAGCAACGCCUUUGGCUCGGUGGGCUAGUGCAUAGACGCUGCAACCAUAUACCUCAGUGGGACCAGAGACCAGCGAUGGGAAAGAAAACUCGCACAGGAACAGGAGGACGCAGAACAAUACUGCAGCUUUUCCCACCUCGAAGCGGGGCCGUUUGUGGAAGAGAAGACUCUUUAGGUUCAGCAUCCGAAGACGAGCAGGAGGGUAACGGGGAUGAAUACAGUUUUCCAAGAGAAGUAACCACAGAAAUGAGGAUGCCCGUUAAGGCCACAGAGGGUCUUUCCCUCUUGGGGGCCUAUGAGGACAGUGAUGAAGAAGAGGAUGCCGACCCACAGCCUCCCACUGUCAGGACCCAACACCAGUCUGCAGAUAUACUCGCCAACUUCAUGGCCGAAAUUGACGCAAUCACUACACAGCCGGGCUCAGAGGAGCCCACAGGGGAUCUGUCGGCCCCAGCCCCCACCCCACCACGUCCGGAACCCAAAGCCCAGCAACAUGCCUCUGAGAUGGGGACAGAGCCGGAGAGUACUGGGGCGGACUUCCAGUAUGAUACCCAUACUUCACUCGCUGGAGUGGGAGGAUUGGAGAUGGGGGACUGGCAGGAGGUGUGGGAUGACAACACAGGUUGUUACUACUACUGGAACACUCAGACCAACGAAGUGGCCUGGCAGCUGCCUUAUUACCUUGCCCACCAGGUGCAGGGCCUGCAGCAGUACACAGACAGCUCAACAGUCAAUGGCGAUGGAGCUACACAGAGUGCAGGUUGCUAUGAUGAACAACACUCCACUGUUAGUGCCCUAACAUCCAAGACAAAAAUGGAGGUGAUGGAGAGUGUGGUGGCCCUUACCAGUGAGGAAGAGGAGCGUCAUGGUGUGGCCGCCUCCCUCCUCGGCCCCCUCAUCCCUCCGGAGGUGAAAGAAGCGGAGGAGAAGUGGAGGAAAAGGCUGGUGGGAGGGCUGGAGGAGAGGGAGAACAGCUUGGAGGAUAGCCUCCCAGGGUCCCCCGCUCCUCCACUGAAUGAGCCAGACACCCCCACACACCCCCUGAGGGACCAACGCAGCAGGAACCAGUCUGAGGAGGACUCUGAUGCAGAGGAGACAGAAGAGGACACCAUGGAGCUGGAGCUGGCUCUGGACAGGAAAAAGGCUGAGCUGCGGGCGUUGGAAGAGGGCGAUUGCAGUGUGGGGGGCUCCAGCCCCUGUUCUGAGGCCAGUCAGGAGGCCGCCGCCGGGCCUCAUAGCCUGCUUCCGAAAAAGGCCAUGUGGAAGACGGCUUUCCUCAGAGCAGCCAGCCCCGACUCAAACAGCAGGGACUCAGAUACACGGGAAGAUCCAGACACAGCACAUUGCAAAGUCCCAGAGAAGGACGGGGAAGAGGAGGACAAGGAAACUGGGGACAAAAUGGUUACUAAUGUGCCACCAAAGGAGGAAGUCGAAACUCCAGAGCUCAAGUUUCAGAUCGGUGAACUUGCCAACACCUUAACCAGCAAGAUGGAGUUUUUGGGGAUCAACAAGAAAACUAUCUCCAACUUCCAGCUUCUUCUGUUACAGACUGAGACGCGGAUCGCUGACUGGCGGGAGGGGGCUCUGAACGGGAUCUAUCUCCGCCGCAGGCUGCAGGAAGCCGCCGAGCACAUAAAACAUUACGAACUUAACGCCGCCCCUAAAGGCUGGUCGUGCCACUGGGACAGAGAGCAGAGGAGGUAUUUCUAUACCAAUGACCGCACCAGUGCCUCCCAGUGGGACUUCCCAGCAGAGGAAGACGUGGAAGAAGUAGAAAAUACCAAGACAUCCAUAGAUGGGGACCCCAAACCCCCGCCCGUACCCACUGGUGGGCUUGCAGUCGCAGGAGCUUCAGUCUUCACACCCAUCGUCCCCCCUCAGCCUGGCCUUCCCUCCUAUUGGUCUGUGCCUCAGCCCCCACUUCCCCCUGACCAGCCCCCUCCCCCUGCCGACUCUCCCCCGCCUCCCCCUCCACCCCCAGAGUCACCUCCCCCUCUCCCCCCUCCUCCUCUGGAGGAUGAUGGAGAGAUAGAGGAGGUAGAGAUGGAGGAUGAUGAUAGUGAGCCUCCAGCACCUGGAACAGAGCCGCCACUCCCCCCAGGGGUUGUUGGCAUGAAGGUUGUGGAGUCUACAGCCUCGCUGGGUAAGAGUCAGAAACGCAAGGCUUCAGGAUCAGGUCAGCUGACCAAGGCUGUAACCAUUGGCAGCAGUGCCAUUCUCUACACACAGACCAUCGCCACAGCAGGAGCUGACUACUGGGGUGUGUCUGCGGUAGCUACACCUCCACUGCCUUCUGAAACCGUGGCCCCACCUCUCCCACCUCCCCCUACCCGCCCCCCGCUACCCCCCACUCAGGCCCCCUCUGCCCUGGACCCCACAGGGUUUAAAACACUGCUAACAGACAAGACCAAGAAACUAAAGAAGGAUAAGUCGAAGAAGAGCAAGACGAAGAUGCCGUCCCUGGUAAAGAAGUGGCAGAGCAUCCAGAAAGAGCUGGACGAGGAGGAGCAGGCUAGUUCUAGCGACGAGGACAGGGACCAGCUCAACAAGAGGAGCAUUGAGGAGUGGAAACAGCAGCAGUUACUCACGGGUAAAGCUGGAAAGAACGCAAACUUUGAGGCUUUACCUGAUGACUGGCGAGAGAGGAUGUUGAAGAAGAGGAAGAUGAUGAAGAGCACGUAACACACACUCCCCUCCCCGCCUACACACUCCUCCUAAACCUGACUCCAAAUGUUGGAUAAGAAUGAGAGGACUGACUGUGCACUUGACUCUCACUGUCAUUUUGAAACAGGUUUUGAAAAGCCCCUCGUAUCUUCGUCUGUGAAUACAUUGGAUGGGCUUGAAUGUUUUUAUUUUAUUUUCUUGGCUGUAAAACCCACUAGUGUUUUUAUAUGGUUACCUGGACUCUCCUACCAAACUUCCCCCUCUACCUGUUUAAAGCAUAAAUGCCGUUUUCUGUGAAACGUUUGGCACUAAGAAUGCUGGAGUUUCUAAAUCUUUGUUUGUAAUGGAGAUCAACUCUUUGUUUUGACCUCCCCAUCUUCCUCUUGCCCAUUUUAAUAAACUAUCAAUUAAUAACAUCUUCCUAAUAACUGCUGUUUCUCUGAGUAAUCCACUGUUCCAUUUUAUUAGAGGGCGGAUGGAAAUGCAAUGCGCUGUCUUUUCUAAUGCUUCAACUAUAGUAAUUGACAGUACUUUUAGUUUAUUCAUGGUAUGUCCUGAACAUACCCUUUCAUCAGGUUUUCUUAUCUGACUUCAGAUGAGAGUUUUAAGUGAUGUAUAAAAGUGAAUUAACACAUGGCCCUAUAGUGGAACCUCUAAAUUGCAACACUUCUCUGCAGUUUUUCAAUUUAAGCCAGUAGGUGAGUAUGCAACCAGUACCCAUCCCACUCUCUUUUCUCCUUGUCAAAAGCUAACAAAUUCAUGAUGACACUCUAAUAAUACAAAAUGUGCCAAUUUAUUAUAUAUCCUAAUUGCAAAAAUAUAUUUUAUAAUUCAGAGGUCUUGUGCUGAAAACCAUCAAGACUAGUUUGGUGGCAAGGGGAAUGUCUUUUUUUGGUGGGGGGGUGCAGUUUUUCAGCUGUGUGAAUUGCUUAGGCCUAUGUCCUAGUAAAACACUGGCAACAAUUUUGUAUUCAAGUUAUUAAACUUUUUUUGUGGAA